UAGGAACGGAAAAUAUCUGGGUCAGGGUUGUCACUCUGAAUAGGUUCCCCUGGAGCCGGCCUUCGGGAGGCGCGGCCAGGGAGGAGGCUCGAGCCCGCGGGCCGAGAGCAGCAGGGGAGCCGAGUGGGGGAGCCGAGUGGGGGAACCGAGGCCCCGGGCCGGGCGCGGGCGGCAGCGCGAGCGGGGCGGGCGAGCAGCGCGCGUUCUCCCCAUGGCGGAAAACGGGCCGCGGCGGCGGCGGCGCUAACCGGCCGGGGCGGGGCGGGCGGGCCCGAGCCGGGGCCCGGGGCCGAGGGGAAGAUGAGCGCUCUCCUAGAGCAGAAGGAGCAGCAGGAGAGGCUGCGGGAGGCCGCGGCCUUGGGGGACAUUCGGGAGGUGCAGAAACUGGUGGAGAGCGGGGUGGAUGUGAACUCCCAAAAUGAGGUCAACGGCUGGACCUGUUUACACUGGGCAUGUAAACGCAAUCAUGGUCAGGUGGUCUCUUACUUGUUAAAAUCAGGAGCUGACAAAGAGAUUCUUACCACAAAGGGAGAAAUGCCAGUUCAGUUAACAUCAAGGAGUGAAAUCAGGAAGAUUAUGGGAGUGGAAGAUGAUGAUGAUGACAGCGAUGACCUCCCCCAGCUGAAGAAGGAGUCAGAACUACCUUUUGUUCCCAACUAUUUGGCCAACCCAGCCUUCCCUUUUAUCUAUACCCCUGCAGCAGAGGAUUCAGCCCAGCUGCAGAAUGGGGGCCCCUCCACACCUCCUGCAUCACCCCCUGCUGAUGGCUCACCUCCGUUGCUGCCCCCUGGGGACCCUCCCCUGCUUGGGGCCUUUCCACGGGACCACACAUCUUUGGCACUGGUUCAGAACGGGGAUGUGUCUGCCCCCUCUGCCAUUCUCAGAACACCAGAAAGCACAAAACCUGGUCCUGUUUGUCAGCCACCAGUGAGUCAGAGUCGCUCCCUGUUCUCUUCUGUCCCGUCCAAGCCACCAGUGUCUCUGGACCCUCAAAAUGGGACGUAUGCAGGACCAGCGCCAGCAUUCCAACCGUUUUUCUUCACCGGCGCAUUUCCAUUCAAUAUGCAAGAGCUAGUACUCAAGGUGAGGAUUCAGAACCCAUCUCUUCGAGAAAAUGAUUUCAUUGAAAUUGAACUGGACCGACAGGAGCUCACCUACCAAGAAUUGCUCAGAGUGAGUUGCUGUGAGCUGGGUGUUAAUCCUGAUCAAGUGGAGAAGAUCAGAAAGUUACCCAAUACUCUGGUAAGAAAGGACAAAGAUGUUGCUCGACUCCAAGAUUUCCAAGAACUGGAACUGGUUCUGAUGAUAAGUGAAAAUAAUUUUCUGUUCAGAAAUGCUGCAUCCACACUGACUGAAAGGCCUUGCUACAACAGGAGAGCUUCAAAACUGACUUACUGAUGCAGCAGGGACUUUAUCACUGAGUAUUGUGACAGUGUGCUGCAUCAUCUCUGGGCCAAGGACAAGCCAUUGAUCUAAUGCCUUGGAUGUCCGGAGGGCCCCUGAUGCCAUGGCUGAGUAUAACUAACAUCGUUCUGCCAAGGUAGGAAGCCCCUGACCCCCAAGCAGCGGUGCCACUCUUCCAAGCCUCUUGGUGCACAAUAAACCUAUUGCUUGAAGCUGUGAACAGCUGACAAGUGGUCUGGAGAGGCAGAAGCCGCCGGUUCUGUAUCCAGUGUUUUAUGUGCAGAAUGUUAAGAGUUGUCUAAGUAGAAGCUGAGAGAGAGCAGAGCCUAUUUCUAGCCAGUCCUGUUGACAGUGCACCUGAAGGGCUGGGACGUGCUUCUCUUGGUGUUGCAUGUUCACAGCCCUCCUGAAAUGUGAACUGACUAGAGAGGAAAACUGGGGAAAGCACAGGUACCGGACACAGGAAUUUUGGUGUGACUUGUGGCUGUGAGGUUUCACAUAACAUAUUUAUAAAUGUUACUCAGGUUAAAAGUAUUUAAGACUACAGUUACCUAAUUGUAAAUAUGCUGUUAACCAAAAGAGCUUCCCUCCCCCACUUUUUCCUUUGUAAACACUCCUUACUGCUUCUGUCUCUAGACUGCCCUUGUCCAUACAGUUGUCUCUGCAUUAACUCCCCUUCGUGGUCACUAGAGGGCUCUCUGAUGCUUUCUCAAAGAGCAACGGCUUUUUUUUUAACUGAGGCAAUGAUUCCCGUCUUCUGUUAAUUGCACCGAAUGAGAAGAGCACAAACAUUGCUGGUCCAUGUUUUCCACUUUCAUUUUCCCACCAGAAAUGAAAAGCAAUUUUUCAGACUGAAUCUGUUGCUAUUUUAAAGGUUAUUGUGGGAAACUGAGCUAAAGGAGUUAGCACCUUUAUUUUUGUAUCAAAGACAAAGGUUAUUUUGAAAUUAUUAGGAUUUUUACACAACUGUGAAAUCUGUUGCUUUUGUAAACAAGUUGUUUGAUCUUAGGGAUCUCCCACGACCACCACCAACCCACUUAACAAAGUCAGUUGUGAGUCUACCAGGCUUCCUUCUGGAAGCAAACAAACACCUGAUUAAACUCUUGAGCAUGGCAUAAGGAUUUUUUUAGAGAACGCAUUUAAGGAUUCUUUUCCUUUCCUUCAGUGUCAUUAAUGUUAAAAAGAAAAGCCACCGUCUUGUUGAAAUAAACAGCUUAACCUUAGAAGUAAGAACGAGCACACUUAGACAAACAGGAGAGCAGGGGUUUGAAGCCAGCUGUUGAUGAGCAUCCCUGCUGUCUUAAGAAGCUUUUUCCCCAUAGUGCCUAGAGUUUCCAAAGAAACUUAACUUCCUAACUGUGUUAAUUUUAUUGGAACACUACGGUAGAGAAGACGUGCAGAAGAUGUCAGUGGAAGAGAAUGUUGUGCUGAGAUAAUGGCCUCCUGCUGCUGCCUAAAUGCUGAGCUGAGGUUGAGGUGUUUUCAAGGCCAACUUCGUGGUGUGGAAUCACUCUGUUGCGUGACUUAAUUGUACUACACCAGUUACUGAUGGUGAGUUACUCACCCCUGCGCAGUGUUUGCCUAGUAAAGGUUACUUACUACUCCCUUUCUCUGAAGUGCUUUAAAGAAGAAACCUCACUUGUGUUUCAGCCCAUCAGAAGCAGCUAGUCUGUCUAGACACGUUAAUCUUUUUUCCCCUUUUGAAAAAAGUUAAAAUUUACUAAUACAAUUAAGGCUACUUCUAUCCUGGGAUAAAUAAAUUCAGUAUUAAUUCAUGUCUAAAUCACUGGGGUUAAAACUCUUCCAGCGUCCAGAUCAAUUAGAGAUUCUCAGAAGCAUGGAGGCCCCUGGCUGGGAGGUGGCCUACAGAGGAGUAGCUCCAGGGCAUUUCCCGGGCUUAGAACCAGGCCCUCGAGGGAGUCUCAAGGGAGAGGGGGGCCUUGCACUGCUCUCUCUCCUCCUUUAUGAAGUCCUCUGUGGUCAACUGACUCCUGCGUCCGGCAGUGGAAUAAGACUGCACAGUUCCUGGUAGGUGAGUUUAAAGUCUUAAUCUAUGCAUUCAGAGAAAUAUUUUUAUAUGCUUUGUGUAAUUUAUAACAAGGGUUUUUUUUUAGCUUUGUUAACUGUGAAUUCACCCCUCCUCCUCCUCCACUGCAUAUUUAAAGCAUGUGUUCACACUGUGUGUAAACAUUCACUGAAGAUUUUUCUCUUUGUGCAUUGCUGACUGUUCAAGCAUAACAGGCAUUAUUAAAAUUAAAUAUUGACUGACUGA